AAGAUAAUAACUUAAAGUAUGACUUCUUCAAACUACGUUAAUCAAUAAUACAAAAGUAUAUUUUGUACAUAAAUGAGAUAUGUGUAGUCAUUUUUGUUAAAAUUGUAAUUAUUAAAAAUAAAAAAUAAAACGUUUACUUACAAAAAUAAAGAAUUUGUGAUGUACACGGUAUUGCGUGAUUUUGUCAUUUAUGUUGGUACUUUGCACCUUGAUAAAUGGCAACACUGGUGUUAUGCAUUUAUAUCCAGUUAAGGAGACCCUUGAACACUUUAAUUUCAAAGGCGCUCAUUUAUUUCGAAACUCUUGCCUGCUAUUAAAGUGCUGAAUAUUUUUGGCUGAAAAAUGUUUUAGGUGUUCUUCUCAAAACUUAAAUCACCGAUCUACAAAAAUGAAAAGAAUAUGUGUCCUACUGAUGUUUUUAGACUUCUGGACAACGGCGUAUAGUCAAAAUGGAGAUUCUAAUGAAAAAUCAGUGGGUAGAAAAUUAUGUCCACCAAUGGAAAACGUACCGCAGCCCAUUAAUCGAGUCAACACGUCUGCCAUCCUUCACGAGUUGAGAAAUGAAAUGAAGAAAAGAAAUGCACACCAUGGACCUCCAAUCGAUGCGUAUAUCAUUCCUGAUACUGACGAACAUCAAAACGAAGAAGUGGCGGACCACGACAAAAGGCUGAAAUAUCUGUCGGGAUUCAGUGGCACCGGUGGGGUGGCCGUGGUAACACAGACCAAAGCGGUUUUCUGGACCGUGUGGAUGUACCACAAACAGGCGGACGAAGAGCUGUCUUGCGACUGGCAGCUGUUUGUCCACGGAGAGUCGAAAAGGCUCGACGAAUGGUUGCUGGACGAAUUCAAGCCUAAUUCCAGGGUGGGCGCCGACCUUAAGCUCAUCUCGAACGGUGAUUGGGAGUUCUUGUUUCACGCUCUGGCAAACGAGUCCAUCAGCCUAGUGCCCAUCAAUAACAACAUAAUUGAUAUGAUAUGGAUAGACAACCGGCCCGAUAAUCCGACGCGCGAAGCUUACGUCUGGCCUCUAGAAUACGCAGGCAAGAGAUGGGAGGACAAAUUGGAUGCGACUCGCGAAAAAAUCAAAGCCAUGGGGUGUGACGCGAUGAUCGUGACGGCUCUGGACGAAAUCGCGUGGCUGCUGAAUAUUCGAGGCCACGACAUACCUUACGGUCCUUUUCUCAAGUCGUACGUCAUCGUCAGCAAGGACCAACUGCACCUGUACACCGAUUCCGUGAAGCUCAGUCCGGACAUCCGGAGACAUCUGCACACUGACAACUGUAUAUCGGCUCAUUGCGCCAGGCUCCACGAUUAUGAAGCCAUAUGGAUCGACCUGAGGACGCUAUCGCAGAUUUGGCAAAAAGUGCUAAUACCGUCUGCUACGGAGUUCAACAACGGGGCGAGCAGAUGCAUUUACAUUUUGAUCAAUACCGAAAAGAGAAAGCAAGCUCCUUCGCCAAUCAUGUACAUGAUGGCAGAAAAGAAUUCCGUCGAAAAGGAAGGAAUGCGACUCUCGCACAUUAGAGAUUCGGCGGCGAUGUGUAAUAUAUUGGCCAAGCUUAACGAACAGUUUAAAAACGGACAACAACUCACUGAACUGGCUGUGGCCAACAUGGUGGACAAGUACAGAGACGAACAAAACUUCAGCCGAGGCGCGAGUUUCAGGUCCAUUGUAGGGUACGGACCCAACGGAGCUAUACCUCAUUAUACACCGUCGAUAUCGAGCAGCUUGAAACUUGAUCACGUCAGCACAUUGGUCAUUGACAGCGGUGCACAUUACUGGGACGGAACUACGGACGUGACCAGAACGGUGCAUUUCGGACAGCCGUCGGCCGAACAAAUCGAAGCGUACACGAGGGUGUUGAUGGCGUCCAUCGAUCUUGCGUCGUUCACAUUUCCGUACAAUUUGAAACUCAAUCAGAUUGAUGUAAUUGCCAGGGCGCCGCUCUGGGAUUUCGGUUACGAUUACAAACACGGUACCAGCCACGGGAUAGGAGUGUUUCUUAAGGUCCACGAACCACCUGUUAAUAUGUAUUACGGACAAAAAGCAAGUGACGUAGUGCUCAAAGAAGGAUAUUUCAUAUCUGAUGAACCUGGUUAUUAUAAAGAAAAUCAUUUUGGCGUACGUCUAGAAACUAUAUUAGAAGUGAUAACAAAGAACGAAACAAUGGGUAAAUAUUUGACGUUCGUGCCGAUCACUCUAGUACCGUUCGAACCAAAGCUUAUCGAUUACUACAUGCUCAGCCCAAAACAAGUGCAAUGGCUAAACGCGUACAACGACAAGAUCCGGAAAAUGGUGGGCACCGAGCUCUUGAAGAACAACAACAGCCGGCUGGGCUACGAAUGGAUGAUGGACCGAACGAUGCCGUUGUUUUCGGACGGGCGUCGGAACAAGGUCUGCACCAUGGUCGCCUCCGCGCUACUCGUCGCAAUUGCCUCCGUCAACCUGAUGACCGUUUAGAGCUACAGACACCGAACUUCGUACUAUGAUUAUUAUUAUUAUUAUUAUUAUUAUUUCUAUUACUAUUGUUUUAAUAUCGAUUGGCAAAACGCGUUGUACGAAAAACGCGAGUGUUGCGAUGACGCCGAUAUAGUCGCCAUUUCGCUAAUGACAUAAUAUUGUUAAGCUUAUAGGUACACCACAACAAACGUUAAAAAAAAUUUCAGAUGUUAUAUUUUAAUAUUCCGUCGAACGUGUAAUAAAAAUAAAUAUGACAUGAUGCGUAAAAUAUAAGGAGUUCGUAUACUUCGAACAGCGGUCUUUGGAAAACAAUAAUUUAUAAUAUAUAUAUAUAUAUA